UGUUUCUCAAGAUGCCAACAGCUAGCUAAGUAGAUCCUCAGGGUUAGAGUGUAGGAGCAAACUGGGUUGCACAACCGCAGGUACGCAGAUACCAAAGGGGCACUUGAUAUAACUUGCUUGUGGAAGAAUGAACAAAGAUUUCAAAUGAGGAGAGAGAACAAUUAGCCAUUGGAACCACGGACGUGACCAGUGAGCUGAGGCCACUGAGCUGAUACAAGACGGAUGACUGAGCACUGUGAUCACUAGAGGCUUGUAAAAAUGCAAGGAAAUAAGCUUAGCUACCAAAAUUCUUCUCAAGAAUGCACUACAGUGAGGGCAAAAAAAAUGCAGAAGAGAUUUCUCCACAAGGAUGGCAGCUGCAAUGUGUAUUUCAAACACAUCUUUGGAGAAUGGGAGAGUUACGUGGCUGAUAUUUUCACCACAUUAGUGGACAUCAAAUGGCGCCAUAUGUUUGUGAUAUUCUCUUUAUCUUACAUUCUUUCUUGGCUGUUCUUUGGCUUGGUCUUUUGGCUUAUAGCAAUCCAACAUGGAGAUUUAGUACAUGAUGAAGAAAUAACCCCUUGUGUUGCUAAGGUGCAUAGCUUCACGGGAGCAUUCUUAUUCUCACUUGAAACCCAGACGACCAUAGGUUAUGGCUUUCGUUGUGUCACUGAAGAGUGCUCUGUAGCGAUCCUCAUGGUGGUCCUACAGUCAGUAUUAAGCUGUAUUAUAGACACAUUCAUUAUUGGAGCUGCCUUGGCUAAAAUGGCCACAGCUCGAAAGAGAGCUCAGACCAUCCGCUUCAGCUACUAUGCCACCGUAGGCCUAAGAGAUGAUAAACUUUGCCUCAUGUGGCGCAUUGGUGAUUUCCGGCCAAACCACAUGGUUGAAGGCACAGUACGAGCUCAGCUUCUGCGCUACAUGGAAGAUAUGGAUGGGAGAAUGACAAUGGAAUACAAGGACUUGAAGUUACUAAAUGACCAGGUCAUACUUGUUACACCCGUGACCAUCGUACAUGAAAUUCACCAUGACAGCCCUUUAUAUGGUCUAGAUCGAAAAGCUUUGGCCAAAGACAGUUUUGAAAUCUUGGUUACAUUUGUCUACACUGGAGAUUCAACGGGAACUUCACACCAGUCAAGAAGUUCAUAUGUCCCCCGAGAAAUCCUUUGGGGACACAAGUUCAACAAUGUCUUGCAGGUGAGGAAAAAAUACUACAAUGUGGAUUGCCUACAGUUUGAGGAAACCACGGAGGUUUACGCUCCCUAUUGCAGUGCAAAGCAACUGGAUAGGAAGGAACAUGAAUGGAACAGAACUAAGAAAACAUUGGACAGAGGAACAAGUACAUCAACACUGGAGGUCAGAGAUACAUCAUUUAAGGCAGUUGCGCUCAUCAGCAGUUCUGAAGAUCCAGAAGAUUUAAUGAAAGCUGUCAACCAAGAUUCUAGAGAGCUGCCUUAUCAGGAAGAUCCAAUGACCUUAAAUAGAAUCUCAGCAAAGUCCAAGAUCUAGCUAUUCACUGCAAUUAAAAUUACUGCCCCAACUGUUGCCUAAGCAGCCUGUAAAAUAUAAGCAGUGUUGAACUCCAUACACACAAGUAUUUACCUAAUAAAUCUAAUUCUAAGUGUAUACUCAUCCACUCAGAGAAUAAAACCAAUAUAAUGUAUCCUGUAGGUAGAUUUUUCAAAAGUAUUGCUGCCUUGCUUUUGUUAUUUGUUCCCCCUUUAUCUGAUCACUUUGGUAUUCUGGAUCCUAUACUGAACCCUUAAUACAGAUUCCCUUGUUAAUCUGGUUUUCACAGCAUUCCACCUGUAAUCUCCUCUGCAUUAUCUACAGUGCAUGUCUGUUACAAUUAAUACAGUUCCUUGCAUGGAACACUUUUCCAGCAAGAAAAGGUGUCUCUGGAAACUGAUGAUGAUGAUGGGUGAUCACUCGUUACUGAGUAUGAUCAUCUUCCAUGGGAGUUAUGGGUCCUCAGGUGGCUAAUAAGGCCAAUCCUUGAACCACAAGUUCUAUUACAAUGAGAGCAGAUCUUUUCAGGCUC